UGAUGCAGAUACUGACGAAGGGUGUCUUUGUCAUUCUACGUUCUCUGGCGCUACCAUAAAGGGGUUUCUGUAGCUAAUAGCUUCUACCUUAGCUGCAAGCAAAAGCACAGAAGAGAAGGAAGAUGGAAAUCCAGAGCCCCGUCGAGCAAUCCGUGAGGUCCCUCGCCGUUGGAGGAGGCAGCAGCAAGGCGUUUUGCAAGUGCGGCCAAGGGUGGAAAUGCGUCAUCACGAGGACCGAGGGAUCUGAAGCCGGCAAGGCCUUCUUCAAAUGUGGCGAAAGUUGCACUUGUGUCAUAGACGGAGAAGGAACGGUGAAGGAGCUGGAAAAACUGGGUCCAAACGAAGCAUACUGCGAGUGUGGGGAGGGAUGGAGUUGUGUCGUCACCAAGGUUGAAGGGUCUGAAGCUGACAAGGCUUUCAUCGAAUGUGCUGAUGGCUGUACCUGUGUUACUAAAGCCUGAAAACUGAAAGGCUCGUGCUUUUCCAAUCUGCAUGCUUAUUAAGACUCUUAUCUAGCUAGGAAUAAUUUGCUGUGACAUAAUUAUAUGCAAUCACAUAGUUUGUUUUCUAGUUGUUAUAAACAUAAAGGGUAGUACGUUACCAUGAUUA